AUGGAUUGCUAUAUAUCUCUUGCAUCAGCGAAAGUAGACAAAAUGCACGCUUUGAUGAUUAAUCCCGAAACAAAGACGUUACAGGUGGUUCAGUAUUAUAACGACCCAAAUUUCAAAUUUAUUAUCACGAAUAAUUUGAUUAUUCAUAAAAAGUCAGGCAAAGUUUUAGAUGCUUUAGGUGGCGCUACAGAAGGAGCCCAAGUUGGACUUUGGGAAAUUAAUGGCUGCGCAAAUCAAGAAUGGUUUUUAAAUGAAGAUAAAACAAUAAGAUCUCAAAAUGGCCUUUGCAUGUCUUUAGAAAAGAAAUCCGAUUACAACAAUCAAAAUAUAAUUCUCGCCAAAUACUCACAAAAUACUCCUCAAUGGAGGAUAGUUUCAUGCGAAAGUAGUGACUAA